AAUGCAACCAAAAUUGUAAAAAUUGAACUAAUUUCUUAGGACUGAUCUUUGUAAGCAUUUUUUAGAUACAAAUGAGAGACCUUAGAAUUCAAUAAAGAAAUACAAACCAGAAGAACGUUUUGAAGAUUAUCCAAAAUCAAAAGAACUAAUUAGAUUAAAAAGUGAGUUAAUUAAGAAACAUAAUCAUCCUCCAAAUUAUAUAAAGGCUGAUUUAAGAUCAUUUGAUUUGUAAUAAUUGGGCAAAGUAUUAUUUGUUAUUAUUAAAUAAUAGUUUGAUGUAAUUCUAAUAGAUCCACCUUGGUCAGAAUAUGCUAAAAGAUUGAUGUAGGCAAAUAUGUAGGUUAAAGAGCAUCAAUAAUCUUGGACUUUAGAAGAAUUGAAACAAUUACAUAUUGAUAAAAUUGCAGAUAUUCCAAGUUUUAUCUUCUUAUGGUGUGGAUCUGAACAUUUAGAUGAUGGUAGAGAGUUAUUUAAAACUUGGGGAUUCAAAAGAUGUGAAGAUAUUGUUUGGUUGAAAACUAAUAAAGAUCAUUCAAAAUAAAAUUAAUAUGUUGCUGGAUAAGAUUAUGGAGACAAUUUGUUUAGAAGAGUAAAAGAACAUUGUUUAGUUGGUUUGAGAGGAGAUGUAAAAAGAGCAUCUGAUUAACAUUUCAUUCAUGCUAAUAUAGAUACAGAUGUUAUUAUAACUGAAGAGGAAGUAAUGGGAUCCACUAAAAAACCAGAAGAAUUAUAUGAGAUUAUAGAGAGAUUUUGUUUAGGAAGAAAAAGAAUUGAAUUAUUUGGAGAAAUACAUAAUAUUAGAGAUGGUUGGUUGACUAUUGGAUCAUAAUUAAGAGAUACUAGAUAAAUGCCAUAAUAAUAUAAUUCUUAUUUCUAAUAAGAAUAAUUUAGUGAAGAAAAACCAUUCAUGGGUCCUAGGUAUUUAUAAACUACAAUUGAAAUUGAAAAUUUGAGACCUAAAUCCCCUCCAAAAGAACAAUAAUAAUAAUAACCACAAACAUAUUUUUAUUGAG